ACACUGUAGCCAGAAACCGUCGUUAGCUUUGAGUAUUUACGAAAACUUUUUAUAUUUCUCACUUGUAAACGUUCGUCAACAUUUUUCGUGUUAAUCCAAUACCGAAUUUGAAAUUAAUUCGUAAUCGAAUGAAGUCUUUUUUUCGGUCACGUUUAAAAACAUACACUGCGAAAUCAAAUACAACGUAAUUGUGAGAAAAUUCCAAAAAUUCCAACAUAGGUAAAGGCUGUUUCCAGUUUUCACUCGUUGUGAAAAACAUUAAUACUAAAUCAGUUUUAAUGAAAAAGUGAUUGUGAUAUAAACGACAUGUCUGAUCCGGACCAUUUCGACGAUGACGAUCUCGUAUCAAGUAAUCCAAAUCAGAGGAACUGGCGCGGUAUCUUGAUAGCGUUACUGGUAAUAUUGGCAGUAUUAGCGCUGAUUGUGAUGUCUGUUGUCCUUUUAACGCCACCGAAUAAUGAGUUUAGUAGAAAAGGGCAAAAGAUGAAGCUUCAAGAUAUCAUCGGCCAUGAUUUAAUACCAUUGAGGAUUAACGGAUCGUGGAUUUCGGGAGAUGGAUUUAUGUUUAAAAACGAAUUCGAUUCCAUAAUAAUUCUGAACGCAACUGACUUAAGCUCCAAUAUAGUGAUGCCGAAUACAACAUUUAAACGUAUUAACCCAACAAGAUUUACCAUGUCACCAGAUCAUCAAUACAUUUUAUUAGUUCAUAAUGUACAAAAGCUUUAUCGUUAUUCGUAUUUGGCAGAUUAUUCGUUAUAUGACAUAAAAUCCAAAGAACUGUUUCCAUUACUAAUACAUUGGAAUAGUAAAGAGUACACGAGAAUGAUACACGUCGAAUGGGCACCGAAAGGACAAGCUUUAAUUAUAGUGCACGAGUACGAUAUUUACUACAAGCCAGAUCCCCGUGCCAAAACUGUCUACCGUGUUACCCAGGACGCUGCCCCUGGUUUAAUUUAUAAUGGUGUACCUGACUGGUUAUACGAAGAGGAGAUUUUGAAUAGCAAUACCGCUUUGUGGUUUUCACCUGAUGGGCGUCGCUUAUUAUAUAUUAGUUUUAACGAUUCGGCUGUGGAAGAACAAAGUUACCAAUGGUACGGAACAGUAGACGAUUCCAAUACCCAUCUGUACCCUAAAAUUAAAAAAGUUAGAUAUCCAAAAGCUGGAACUAAUAAUCCUGUCGCGAGUUUAUUUGUAGCAGAUUUUUUAGAUUUGAAAAAUAUUAAAAUAAGGCCAUUAAUACCACCGAUGGAAUUCUUGUACACGCUAGAUUACUACAUCAGCGCUGCCACCUGGGUGAAUGGAUAUGAAGUAUCUGUUGUAUGGAUGAACCGGCUUCAAAACAUCUCAAUUAUAUCAUUGUGUAAACAUCCAUCGUGGAAUUGUCAAGAGACUCAUCGAAUUCUGGGCGAUGGUAAAGGAUGGAUAGAAAUCACCGAUCCUCCUCUAUUCAGUCCUGAUGGAAACCUUUUCCUAAUUCUCGCUCCAGUUCAAGAUGCUCCGAACGGAUACUACAGACAUAUAGUUUCCGUUAACGUUACUCGUAAAAGUAUCAUUCCAUUGACGUUGGGAAAAUUCACUGUGAAUAAAAUUAUCGCAUGGGACCACGCUUUACAAUUAGUGUACUUUCUCGGAGUACGAACCGACAAUCCUGGAGAAAUGCAUCUAUUUUCCAUAAGUAGUGUUUUACUUAAAGAAACAACUGUAUCUACUCCGCGAUGUUUGACAUGUCCAGCGCUUCCAGGAAUCAGGCCUAAAGCUCAAAAUGCUCAUACGAAACACGACCAUACUUUAAAAUACAUAUCUAUAUUCGAUAGUAUGUACGACGACGAGUUGAACGCGGAAACAACCCAGUCUUCGGUUACUUUGGAAACGAUGAAGAAGAAGAAAAAAAAUACCUAUAACGAUCCAGAACCUUUUUACAAGCCUUGUACCUACCACAAUGUUUUAUUUAGUACCAACAUGGCGUACUUCUUGCUGGAAUGUUUGGGUCCUGGAAUUCCAACAGUUACACUCUACGCUACCAACAAUAAACAUGUUAAUUUCAGUUCGAAUACCUCUUUCCCUGUACCAAUUCCAAAACCAUUACUCGUUUUACAAAACAACACGAAAUUAUAUGAAAAAGUAUCAUCUUUAGCUGUGCCUGUGAUAAAGACAUUUCCCAUCAUCAUAUCAGGUGAAAAUACCGCUCAAGUUAGAAUUUAUUUACCGCCUGCUCUGCAAGAACAAGAAAUUACUCGUUAUCCUUUGGUACUUCAAGUGUAUGGAGGACCGGGGACUCAGUUGAUUACCGAUCGCUGGAAAAUGGAUUGGUCUUCUUAUUUAGCCAGUGCCCGUGAUUAUAUUGUUGUUCAAGUCGAUGGAAGAGGUUCAUCCGGACAAGGUUACAAACUGCAGAAUCAAAUUUAUAAGAAACUAGGUGCCGUUGAGGUGGCAGAUCAGUUGGAAGUUAUCGAAUAUUUGCAAGAGCAGCUGCAUUUUAUAGACAGUCGAAGAUUGGCGGUAUGGGGAUGGAGUUAUGGUGGUUUCAUAGCAACGAUGUUACUUUCGAGUUCUGAGCAAAAAAUAUUCAAUUGUGGUGUCGCUGUGUCGCCAGUAGUCUCUUGGAAGUUAUAUGAUUCAGCAUACACAGAAAGAUAUUUAGGAAUGCCAAACGUCAGCUCAAAUUAUAAAGCAUACCACAACGCCGAACUAACCAAGCGACUGAAUGGUUUGCAAGAUAGAAUGUUGUACUUGGUUCACGGCACAGCUGAUGAUAACGUUCACCUACAACAAUCAAUGUUACUAGCGAAAGCUCUUUCCGAAGCAGGGAUUGUUUACAGGCAGCAGAUUUAUCCGGAUGAAAAUCACAGUUUAAACGGCGUGAAAAAACAUUUGUAUCGAUCGAUGGGCGCUUUUCUGGACGACUGUUUUCGCAAACAGAUUCCACCGGAUGAAAAAGCAGGCUUGAGAAACGGAGGUCACGACCCUCAAUGAGAUUGAAUAAUCGUGUAGGAUGAAAACAGAAAUUCCGUUCUUCUCUUUAAUUUUUUUGUAUUACUGUGAUUUUUCAUUUUUCUUCAUAUCAUAGGAGAAAUUCUUAUAUUUUAAUACUCUAGAAAUGUACAAAAAACUCUGCUCUAGCGUUUCUGAUUUAUUUGUAUUAGAUUUCAUUUUCAUUGACUGAAAUUAUUUUUUUUCAACUUAUUAUUAGUUGAUUUCAUAAUUACCAAUUUUUUGUAGCGUUUAGAUUUCAUUAUUUUGAUGAUUUUAAUAAUAUGUAUUUAGGUAAUAAUUACCUUUCAUUUUUUUUCCUUUUCGCUUUGUUUUUACGUAUUUACUUAUCAUAUAGAUUCGCGUAAUAUUUCUUCUAUAGGUACCUACCUACUUCUUCUUUUUCGUUUCUUUUAUUAACAGUUUCAAUUACCUAACAUAUCAAAUAUUUCACUUAUGUAUUCAUUUCUGCCGAAUAUGCUCGAUCUUUAAGAAGUUGAAUAAAUUCGCAGAACAAUAUGUUGGUGUGAGAAUAAACGAGCACAACGAAUCAAAAUUCGAAAUCAAAUUUUCUUUAUGUUUCAAGUUUUAAUUUUCGAAUGUGCACUGUGCAGUUGGUGUGGUUAUCAUUCGAACGAUAAUUCGCAUCAACUCGUAUUUUCUUUCCUAUCAGUUUUCAAAAUCUUUACAGAUCCAAGAUCUCUAAACAAUUUACGUUUCUUACCUACCUAUCAACUUUUUUCAUCUGCCGUAAUUUUUCUUAAUUUCGAGCUUAUAAAUUCAUCAAGCAAUAAAAUACAAAAAAUUACGCUUAGUGAUAAAUUAGAAUUCCAAUUACUUACAGUAAUAGCGUUACGAGAUGCAAUUUUAUUAUUUUUUUUGCAUUUAUUUCAUUUAAGAAAAUUAUUGAAUUACCUACCAACUUUUAUAUAUCGAAGUCUUUCUUUUAUGAAUAAUUCAAUUUUCUUCCUAUAUUAAUAUUAUUUUCAUUUUAACUUCGAGGAGUAAGUUGUAAACGAUUCUAGUCUUUUAACAAUAUUAGAAUUUUUUGUAUAAAAUUUUGCGUUAUUCAUUUCUUGACCAUGUGAUAGUUGAAUAGAACGGACCUGGAAAUUCUAGUGUCAACAUUUUGUAUGUAGAACUUAUGCAUAAUUUUCCAUUGUUCAUUAAGUAUUUAAAAACGAGAUUGUUGUUCAUUUUCUAUUUUUUUUUGUUUUUUGUUUAAUUAUAAUCGCCAAUCAAUUAAUUAUUAAUAAAUCUUAAUUUUAAAUUCAUUUUAUUUGAAUUCCAUUUUGACUCGAUAUUUUAUUUUCUCAUUUUUAAUUCUCUUGAUUUAUUUUCGGAUACUUAAUCGAUUUUUCCAUUUUAUUUUUUUGCUAAUCAUUUCGCUGAAUGUUAAUAGCAUUUGUGAACUUUCAAGUAGUUAAUAUUAGGUCAAUUAUACUUGAAAAAAAGUUUCCUUCUGGUGAAAAUAGCUACAAAAAUUUUAAAAAUAAUACUGAAAUGUAAUUUAGAGUACCUACCUAAACGUAAACUACACUUGAAUAGAUUUUUCGUAGAUUUUGAGAUUGGUCAUUAAGAAGUUGGAUAUUCAUUUCAAAAAAUUGUUUCUAAUAUGAAUUUUUGUUUUCUCAUUAGUUACCUAAUAAAAUUAGUGAAUAUUAUUGUUAUUUAAGAAAUGCAUUACUGCUCUGUGAAUGAAUUACGAUGCCAGUUUUUCUUAAAAAUUGCAUUUUCAUAAACUUUGAGUUAUGUAUAUUUUUUAAUAAUUUGUUUUUUUUUUCAAUACCAACAUAAUUACUGAAAUAAAGUCAAAUAAAAGGGUAAUUAUUUUUAAAUUUUUAUGUAUAAUUAUGAAAUGAAGGAUACUUUUAAAACUGUGAGACGACGAAGCUUUGCAAUAAACGAUCAAGACCGGGGAGAAUGUCAUGAAGGGUGAACAGGAAAAUGAAUGCCUGAUAAAACAAAUGGUGAAGAGAUACUGAAAAAGGCGAGUUAAUGAGAUUCCAAGAUACCUAACUACUUUCACUCCCUUCUCCACUGUUUGCAAUUACCGAUUACGGGCUAGAAACCAGUUCAUUAUCCAUAAUUAUACCCCAACCCUAGUGAAAUUCAACACUUGACCCUCAUCAUUUGCCUAGGUGAAUUCUUAUCAAUUCAGAAUAAUAUUAAAAAGUAAUUUCACAAUGUCUUCUAAUCCUAAAAAUUCCGAAAAAAAACUUCAGGACGAAGAAAAGAAAGGUGACGAUAAUAUUUGCCAGAAUGGGACUUCUGACACAGAAAUAUCUUCAACAAAGUCAAGCAUGGCCAAUGAAUUAAUCAACGAUCAAGAAGAUGAAGAAUUGGGAAAUAAUUGGGGUAAAUUAGCAGCAUUUAUCGGGAUUUCGAGCAUUCUUGCAGCAGCCACGUAUCAUAUCAUGAACGGAAAUAAUUCAGGCUCCGGAAAUCAAGCAGCUAAUGAAGCGGAAGCCCUUCUUGACAUCGCUUCUGAUUCACUUUUAUAGUUACCAAUAUAUCGCAGAACGUAUUUAGAUUUCAUUAUAUUACAAUAAAAUUAGUAUUCGCUUCUU